AUGGGCAUCUUCGAAGAUACGCGUGAUGGAAAACUGGAUCAGUACAAGCUGGACCAGUAUAAAACCUCUUCGUUCGAUAUUGACUCUAUAGACCCGGAGACGGGACUGACUCUACUUGCUACGGCUUCCUUGAAGGGUCAUACCGAUGUUGUUAAGCUACUCCUACAAAAUAAUGCAUCGGCGACUAAGCUCUCCCAAGGCGACCGCACCCCCGUAUGGUUCGCCGCGAUGGGUUCAAUGAAAAAGAAGGACCGCGCCGAGAUCAUCCGUCUACUCCAUGCUCACGGCGCCGACAUCAACAAGCCGUCUUCGGGGGACGCCAACUAUACACCUCUGAUGAAAGUUGUCGCCGAGUGGAAAGAUGUCAAUACCGUCCGCCAACUCAUUAAUCUCGGUGCGGAUAAAACCUUGAAGAAUUCCAACCGAGAAACGGCAGCUAGGAUCGCUUUUGAGAAGAAAAAAGACGCUAUGAUUGAUGCUCUUAAUAGUAGCUCUCAGGGGCGACCAACUCUCAUGGAUAUCAUUUGGAAGAUUAUUGCCUUCAUCCUUCAUUUAAUAGUUUGGCUUUACAUUGUUACAUCAAGCGUAUUGAAGGGCAUCAUCGAAUCGAGCCAAGAGUCUAGCGAGAUCAAGAUUCUAAGUCAUUCCAAUGAAGCCCAAGAAAGCAACAUAGCGGAGGAAUAUAAGAGUGAAAUUAUCAACUUCAUUUUAAAAAAUCGCAUGGAUGGUUUCUUCAAGAAUGACGAUCCCUUUCUCGAUACACUUGUCGAGAAGGCGGCCAAGAUGAAAGCGAACCCCCCUGAAUCGACGCUUAAGUCCGACAAAGAUAUCCGUGAUCUUAUAAAAGUGUCACUAUACCAACAGGUGAUCCUUUGCGACGACAGUAUAUCCAUGUCCAUAGGCAACCGUAUCAGCGCCCAGCAACAUCUAGCCAAGAGAAUUACAAAGUUUGCCACUUUUAUUAUACCCGAUGAAGAUGGUGUCGAGUUGCGUUUCACCAAUAGCUCCGUGUCUGGAAGCCGACUCCGCGAGGCAGAAGUUGAGACCGUUAUGACCAACAUGCAACCAACUGGGGAUACAGACAUUGGAACGAACCUAAUCGCGAAGAUUCUUAAGCCGCUAGUGUACGACAAGCUAGACAACAAGCAACUAAAACGUCCCUUGCUGGUGUCAAUAAUUACCGAUGGGUGCCACGAGUCAGAGACCUUAGAUACGUUGAGAAAUGCAAUCAUAGGGUGUGGUAAGAGGCUGAUCGAGGCUGGCUAUGAGAUUGAGGCCGUGCUUUUCCAGGUUAGCCGAAUCGGAAACUCCAAAGCCUCGAAGAAGUUCUUCGAUGGUCUACGAAACGACAAGCAGCUGAAGAGAGUCCUCUACUGCUCCAGCGAUCGGUCAGAUAAAGAAUCUGAGGACUUCAAGCAAGAUGAGGAUCAACUUGAGCAAUGGGUAUACGUUACCAUCGUACCCCCUGAUGAGUUAUCAGUGGUUGUAUAG